AUGAUUCCAUGUAGGAGAGGAGCAGAUAGGGGCCUGCGCCUUUGCCCCGCCUUGCUUAGCACUGAUUGGUCGGUGGAGCCGGCGGCGGCGCCGCUGAUUGGUGGGCGUCGUCUGCCCGUCACGGCCGUCUCCAUAGACAGGGGGAGAGUGAGAGGUUUCCAUGUAAAUGCAGCAGAGGUUUCAAUGCAUUUAUCGUCCCUCAUCCGGCCGCAAAGACUUCCCUCGCUGCUGCUCUCCAGACCGCUGGGAACCGCGUCCUGUGACCCGUUCUCUGUCCUCCGAGCCGACACGGGAGCCGACCCAAUGCUCAACAGAAAGCUGGGAUGCCAGGGGUUUGGGGCGUCAGUGGCUGCGAUGACCUCCUUCCCCCCACAGAGAUACCAUUACUUCCUAGUGCUGGAUUUUGAGGCGACAUGUGACAAACCCCAGAUCCACCCUCAGGAAAUAAUUGAGUUCCCUAUACUGAAGUUAAACGGCAGAACCAUGGAGAUCGAGUCGACGUUCCACACGUAUGUGCAGCCCGUGGUGCACCCUCAACUCACCCCGUUUUGCACUGAGCUGACGGGAAUCAUCCAAGAAAUGGUGGACGGGCAGCCGACCCUGAGCCAAGUCCUGGAGAGAGUCGAUGAGUGGAUGGCCAAAGAGGGGCUCUUAGAUCCCAGCGUCAAGUCCAUCUUCGUCACCUGCGGCGACUGGGACUUAAAACUCAUGCUGCCAGGACAGUGUGAAUAUUUAGGACUGCAAGUCGCAGAUUACUUCAAGCAGUGGAUUAAUCUGAAGAAGGCGUACAGCUUCGCUAUCGGUACUUGGCCGAAGAACGGACUCCUAGACAUGAAUAAGGGCAUGAGCCUGCAGCACAUAGGGCGACCCCACAGCGGAAUAGACGACUGCAGGAACAUCGCUAACAUCAUGAAGACGCUUGCUCACCGAGGCUUCAUCUUCAAGCAGACCUCCAGGCGCAUCUAAUGUAGUCGGGGAGCCGGGCCGCGGGGUGGGAGUGGGGGCAGGAGGCUGCAUGUAGCUCUUUCCUUACUGCGUCCACCUGGGUGGCCGACCAGAUACAGGACAUUAGGUGGAGGCGACACAUUGUUACGGACUGACCUCUGAGGUGAGAAUCGCUGUCCAUACGGCUCCACCAUGAAGAUCUGUCACACUCCAUCAUCCGCUUUGCCCUAGACAGUUACCACCCCCAUCCUCCCCACCUGCUGCCUGUAUCUUCUCCCAGGCGUCCUGGGAUGGCUUAGAUGACAAGACCUCCUUAAUACAACCCCCAUCAUCCAGAAGGCUGAGAUUCUACACUGAAGUGUUUCGUCCCAGUGAGGAAGAUAAGAAUUUACCGUAGUCUGAAGGUCGAGGCAUUACUAAUGGUGUGCGCUUAUUAGACGACGCUCCACAGUGCGGAAAUAUGACCACCCCGAGACGGAGACUUCACCUGGACGCAUCUAGAUCCCUGGGAUUGGCCGCUUCUCCUUACAGUUACUUCUCCUUUAAGAAAGGUUUUAUACUGAAAAGUUCUGCAAAUUCCUAAUAGACUUUGGGGGUCAUUUUUCAUCCGGAUUAGCGGGGUGCCCAAGUCUGAGAUCUACUCCAGACCCCUGACUAGAGUAGAUUUCAGAUCUCGUUUACACCUACCCCAGGAUGGCGUAAAAACACCCGUGCGACAACAUUUAAAAAGUCACAAAACAAGGUCUUGUGACUUUUUGUACACCAAAAACUGGCAUAGCGAUAUUAGUUAAUGACCCCCUUUCUGUUUCACUCUUCAGUAUUUUUAAGAUCUCUGCUUGUUGUCAAUGAAUGGGAACAUUGUUUACAUCCAGAGGUUGGAAACCCUGUUGGACCUGAUAUUUCUCAAAACUGAGGGUUUGUUACACUGUAUCAGUUUAGAGGAUAUUGAACAGCCUGGAGCGCUGCUGCAUUUAGCUCACAGUUACUUCACUGAUACAUUGUUACAAACCCACAGUAGAGAAGAAUGGAAACAAAUGAUAUUAGAAAGUUGCAGAAUGUUACUGGGAAGCUGUAGAUGACCCCCAUUCACAGCCUGAGCUCCGCUCCUGCUUAGAGGGGGAGGGGCAGAGUUGCUCCUUAAAGGGCCGCAUCACUGAUAACGAUAUUGUUGCGUUUGUUCAAACUUUUGUUUCCACCUCAUUAACAGAACAAUAAACAUCAUUGCAUGGAGAACGA